UUUGUAUUCAACUAAGGGAAGGACUCGGCCAAAAUGUCGUCGUCGGGAGGCAAGCACCCUCAAGGAAAUAAUUCCGAGAUGAAAGAGCCAGAGGAUAUGCAUUCACAUUCUAACGGUGCUUGUGCAGAUGAAAAGUGCAAUGGACACAAAAAUCCCCCCAUAUUUGAAGCAAUCAAAGCUGGGAUGCUCAUCCCUAUCCAGACAUUGUUUGAACAAGGAGGUGCUGAGGUUUUCACCUCUAGAGAUGAUAAAGGCCACACACCAGCCCAUUGGGCCUGUCUAGGAGGUCACACAACCAUCUUACGUUUUAUGCUGGAACACAAGGCACCUGUCAAUGAACCCAGCAACAAUGAUUUGGGAGCCCGUCCGAUCCACUGGGCCUGUGUGAAUGGCCACAUUGCAGUGGUGGACAUACUUGUCCAGUCUGGGGUUCUCCUGGACAUUGUAGACAACAAGGGCUGCACACCUCUCAUUGUGGCAGCUCAGUAUGGACAGACUAUGCUGUCCGGCUACCUCAUGGGGAAGGGAGCUCGUCUGCAGCUGGUGGAUAAAGAUGGAGACAGUGCUCUACAUUGGGCAGCAUUUAAAGGUCACUCGGAGCUGAUGCGACUGUUGAUCUACUCUGGGUUCAACCCCCGGCAGCGGGACAACUACGGCCAGACUCCCCUCCAUCUAGCAUGCAUCAACGGCAAUCUCACCGCCGUGAAGGAGCUCUGCGAACAGGAUAGUGUUGAGAUUGAUCUGGCUGACAAGAACAGCAAAACACCCCUCAUGCUAGCAGUUGGUCGCAAACAUGAGAACAUCAUCAGUUAUCUGAAGAAAGAGGCCAGGUUCAAGGCCAGUGUCUUCCCCCGCAUCGACUGCUGGGCUAUCAUGUUUGGUCCCCCUGGGAACAGUAAAGGGGCUCUGCUCUUCUUCCUCAUCAGUGUGGUGUGUUGGGGAUAUCCCAUGUAUUUAAUCAAGUGUCUGCCACUGACGUUCUAUGAACUGCAGCCUUUCCACCUGUUGUUCAUCACUGUCAACAUCUUCAUGUGGAUCUGCCUGUACCACUGCAACACUAUAGACCCAGGUUUCCUGCCCAGGAACAUACCAGAGUACGACCAGGCCAUCAAACAGGUCGCCCAUUUUGAUGAAUGGAAGCAGGGCCAGAACCCCUUGAGCAGGCUAUGUCACACGUGUCGAACCGUGAAACCAGUCCGAGCCAAACAUUGUCGCGUGUGCAACCGAUGUGUAAAGGAGUUUGACCAUCACUGCCCUUACAUCUACAACUGUGUGGGCUACAAUAAUAGAGGAUCUUUUCUAGUGUUUGUGACACUGGUUGCCAUAUGCGGUGUGUUGUCCAUGUAUUUGGCAUAUGAGAUCCUGGUGUUGGAGAACUGGGUGAUGAGGAAGGAUUACAUCUUAGGCAUUUUCCUUCUGGUGGUGUUUGAGGUGAUUGCCAUCAAUGUGUCUGCCUUUACGGUCUUACAUGCAGGCAUGAACUUGACAACUAAUGAGAGAAUAAACAGAAAGAGAUACGAGUAUUUGAAGGAUGGACGAGGCCAGUUUUACAACCCAUUCAACAAGGGACCACAGCAUAAUUUCAUGGAAUAUUUCCAUCUUCGGAAGCCGCCAUAUGAGCAUGAGGUGCAGUUCCUCACCCUAGACGUAUGAUCAGUGGACAGAUGGCGCCAGUGUGUGUGUGCAGGACAAAGUCAGGAGAUGCAAUGCCUGUGAUCUGUGUCCAUUUGUAGUUUGUUCCAAAUCUUAUUUUGAGGCAAGCAAGAAUUCUCAUUUAUUUUGCUAUGAGAAUGUGUAAAAACUAAGCUAAGUUAUUGUGGUAUGAAUGCUUAACUAUUUGUUUUCCUUGUCAUGUAUGAUUGGAUCAUCAUAUGAGUGUAAUAAUUCAUUGGUAAACAUGACGAUUCGUAACAUGGUAUGUACUCAUCGCACACGUAAAGAAGAGUCGGAAACAUAUUUAACCCAGAAAUCAGUCUUGUUAAAAUCAGACUCCCAUUAAUGAGCAAUCUUUUAUCUCUCCUUCCCCAUAUCUACGGAAAGUUGCAUAAGUGAAUAAAUUGUCAGCUUUCAAAAUAAAUUCAACUUAUUUUGUUACCUUGUCACUUAAAAAUGUUUGAGUUAGACAAAAUAAGUCCCACACAGAAAACAGAUAUUCCAUCGAUGGUACAGCUGUUUGAGUAUAGAUGGCAUGAACCUCAUUCAUGUUCACAGUAUAUUGGUGUGGCCAUUAUCAUUUGCAUUUGGAAAUGACAGAUGACCUUUGUUUUCAGGAUAUGUAAAUGAGAGACGUUUGAAUGUUUUGCUAAUUUGUAUCGAUAAUGUAGAAAUAUUUAUGCAGAGCUAUAUCAUCGAGUAAAAUAUCUGAUCUUAAUGAGAUUGCCCCGGAACAAGAUAUGUCAAUGUUAAUAUGACGUACUGUGAAUAAAUUCUUUCAGACACCAUGAAUUAUCAUUUCAUCAAAGUGCUUUGUUUCUAUCUUAUAUAUUCUCUCCUGCUUUCACAUUGCCAAUUACAGAAUGAAGCAUUUUUCUUGUUAAUCAGUAUUCCGAGAUGUUUUAAAGAUAAACUGACAUAUUAGGUGUUAACUCUUUGCAUGUGGAAAAUCUUAAUAGAAACUGACGUAGGUGUUAGCUCUUUGUGUAUGGAAGUGUAUGGUGGUGGGCAUCAGGCUCACAGAUGUGUGGUUUACGCCCAGGAAUUGCAGGCUAUCUGACAUGACACACAUUCAGUAUUAACACUACAGUGAUCAUUUCUCUCCCUCAGAAUGUUGAUCCAUGCAUAUUUUGUAUAUUAUGAAUGUACAUGAAAAUAUUUAAGUAAAACACAUUUCAUGGUUGAUGUUUAAAUGAAUGAUAAAUAUCCAUGUACAUUCAGGCAGAAAGUGUCAUAUUUGUUUUUACUUUUAAGUACAUGUAUUAUUAACAAUGUGGGUUGUUUGUUGUUUUUUGUUGGGUUUUUUUUUUGGGGGGGUAUAUUUUCUCUGGAGAUGAGAUGCAUAGGUCACCAUGAUUUUUUAUUCAUGACUAUAUUUUGCAUAAUGCAUGGGUAUGUGAUGUUAUGGUAUAUAAAACAAGUGUUUUUGUCUUUACAGAAAAUUUAACAAUUUGUUUCAAGGAUGAUAUUGAAUGUAUGGCAAACUGUUCAAACAUGCUUACCAGUAUUUUAUUUCCAGGAAUAUGGUAAAUGUUGUGUAGAUUUUGAAGUUGAUAUCUCAGAAUGAAUAUUGUAGAUAUGUACAUAACACACCAGCAUCCUCAUCUUGCUGUCAACUUAGAUGAAACAAAGUCACAGCAAAAGUGGUUUUCCAAAACUUGUGAUGGCCAUUUCUGUCGUUCGAAAUGUUGAUGAUGUUCGCAUGGUACGCUCUAGGUAUGAUGUAUUACUCAGUCAAGAAAUUGGAUUUAUUCUCAGCUUCAUGGGGUGUAUACAGUGAAAUUAUGUCGUCAAGGAGACCAUUCCACAAAAUAAUCAUAGCGCAGAGUUGAUUGUACUUCCAUCGGCUUCAGCAGUUGAGUGAUAAGACCGAUUGGUUGUGUUUGUUAAAGUUUAGGAGUAAGGUCAAUUUUAGAGUUAAGAUAGCUUUGUGAAUGGUGGGCAUAGGUGGAUCUCUCCCUUUUGUCCUGAAAGUUUAUUAAAUAAUAAGCCGAACCAUUUGGUCUUGGGUGAAGAUGAACUCUUAAAAAGCUGUAUCUGCCCCUGGUGGACCUGGAUUUUGUUGUAUCUAGAGUUGACCUGGGGUGUCUGUUUUAUCAUAUUUCUUUUGCUCACUAUAUGGACACAAUCUAUUCAUCUGUUAACCAGUCACUCAGCUGAAAUGUACAUGACCACCACACAUACAUGACAUAGUAUUGUGCCUCAUUCGUUUCCUGUCACAGCUGUGUCUAGGGUCCAGUUCCACCAAGCUUUCCUAGUGCUAACUAACAUGCUUUCAUUUAGAAUUACGAUAGUCUUAGUACUAAUAGUUAUGACUGUUUGUGGAGCACAGCCAAUGGCCUCGUCCCAGAUGUGACAUUGCUGUUAAGCUAAGCCAACUCCCAUGCUUUACCAUAGAGUUGUGAUAGCUGAGCUCUGAUGUCGUGGUAGUUCUGAGAUUGUUUUGUGGAGCAGCCAAAGACCUCAUCCUGGAUGUUAUCUUAGCGCUUUAGCUAAUGUAAGUACCUUGCUUUAAUAUACUUAAGAUAGUCUUAGUACUAAGAUUGCUUUGUGGAACAACCUAUGAAUCAUCAUAUUAAUAUUAAGAGCUCUAUAGUGUUUAGAAAUGUUAGAAGUGAAGAAUGCCUAUAGCCUUAAUGGACUAUUUCUCUGCUCUCCUUAAAAAAUAUAUAUUCACAUUAAGGCCAGAAUCAUAUUCCUGUGUAUUACAAUACUGAAACCUAUUCUUUCUUUUCUGAAGACCAUUAUUCAGUGUGAUUAUGUUUUUGUCUUGAACUAUUAUUAUGAUUUGACCCAGGUACUGUUACAUCUUUGCUAUGUCUAACAUUAUGCAAUUUUACCUGAAAAAUUAUCUUUGAUGAACAAAGUAUUGUGUUUUCAUUAUAAUAAUAUCCUUAGUCUCGUGUAUUGCUUCAUCCCUGAUAGAGAACACAUCAGUCUCUACACAUCAUCAUGGUAGCUGUUUUCACUGUCUCCACAACCUUUGUUCAAGAUAUGUGUUCUGAACCUUUCUGUUGCUCACAAUGAGAAGGAAUGUCAUGAAGUAGCAUUUAGAAGUUGUCGGACGGGAAAACAUUGAUGACACUAUGCAUGGUUGCAACUGGUUUUCUUUUCAGCGUUUCAGUGAUUCUACAUCAUAGUUUAGUUUCCGGUGACUAGGAUCCUGCUUGUAGGCCAAAUCAUCACUUUGCACUGUAAAUAACAUGGUUGACAUAACUUAGUAGUGGUCGUUGAUAAAUUCAUUAACAAGACUUAUCUCUCUUCCUCAAGGACAUAUUUAUCAUUUUUAGGAGUCAGAUACACUUUGGUGUGUAAUGUUUGUGUUAUUUCAGUUUUUCCACACAUAAGAACAAUACUUCUCAAAGAUGAUUGAGGGUUGGUUCGUUUCUUAUUGAAAUUGACCAAUUAUCAUCCAAAAUGUAUUGGAUACUUUUCAGUUUUCAUAAUGUCUUAUAAACAUUUGCAGAAAACAGAAUAACAAAAUGUCAUUUGCAGUUCGCAAAAUCAUUGGUUAUAUACCAUAAAACUUGUUACCUCAAAGUGAAUCAGGUUGUCUCAUUUUUUUAUGAGGAUGUUCCUUGUAGAUUUUCUAUCAAUGAUAUGGUCCAUGCAUCAAAUUAAGUUUAACUGUAUGUUGAAUGUUCAGAAAGGCCAUACAAACUGAUAACAAUUUUAUGUAAUCCUGAAGAGUGUGUAUUUUAUGCAGCCUUGUGUCAAAAUGUACAGUACAAAGUUUAAUAUUAAAACGUCUUCUUUUGUUUUGACAUGAAUAUAUUCUUUUUAAUGAUACUGUCAUGAGUGUUUUGAAUUCAUAUGUAGUUUUAUUGACAUGCUAACACGGAAAGAGCCUCCCUAGCUGUACAGUUGAAGAUUGACUUGCAGUGAUGUUACUAUGGUUACCAGGUCUGUUACCAACUGGUAGAUCUUCCUAUACACCACUUGUUGUUUCUAUUCAAAUGAUAACUAUAUUUGAUAAGUGAAAUUUGUUGACACUGUGAAGUUUAUGUUUAAGACACUGUUACAGUUCAGCCCCAUAUUGCCUUGAAUGUUGAAAAUCUAUCGUCUUGUGUAUUCAUGGCUAAGAUAAGUCACUGAGUAUUGCGUGGUAUGGUGUCCAAUUUCUGUAUGCACCAUAUGAUGACUAAUUGGAGCUCUCAUCUUUCUGAUUUCUGUUUGAAGCUAUUUUUAAUGAGGACAACUUUAUGGAUAUACAACUUAAUUCUGUAUAGGCGACAUUUGGACAUAGAUUCUAAUGUCGUUGUCAAGCAAGUGGUGAUUGACUGCCACAUCUCCAUGUAGACGACGUAUGACUUCUUUGAUUGGCAUUCUAGAAGUUGAGAAGAGGAAUGAGGAUAAAUUCUUUGUCGCAUUGUCAAGCAAGCGUCACCUAUACAGAAUAAGAAGUUGUAUAUCCAUUAAAAUUGUCCUCAUUCUUUAUCUCCUCAACUUCUAGAAUGCCAAUCAAAGAAGUUAUUUUUACUGUCAUUUACUAUCACAGUGGCAGUUAAGAUACUGUUUUGUCUGAAUUGCAAAUGCUGUAUAAACUAUAGCCUUUAGUGACUACUGAGGCAUAAUGUUUCUCGAAUUGGAAUCUUUUUCAGAAUUUUUUUUGUUUGCUCAGGAUUUUUGUCCAAGAUCCUGACACAGUUCUAGGAAAGAGCUUCAAAGAAUUUUGAUGCAGUGAAGUUAAGUGUUUGUGGACUUGGAUGUUUAUUUUGUAGGCAUCAAGUUUGCUAUUAAAGAUAAAACGUUUUCAACUCUGCUGCAAGUUAUGUUUCCUGAUCUGUCCUCACAUGCAGCUGACUUUUUAGUUUGGUACAAGGUGUCAGUUUGAAAGAGAAGGUUUGAAUCUGUGAUGAAUGGGGCAUCUUACUGACUAGCCUGUAUAGAUGCAUUUACAAUAAUUUCUCAUAGCACUGAACUUUUUUGGUACUUCAUUUAAACGUGGCCGAAAUCACCAAUGUAUGUGUUGUAAACACAUCUGUAAGGUAAGUAGGUGAUGAGGAUUUCAAAGUUUAAGCUGAACUGGCUUGACAGAGGCUCAUUCUGGGUCCUUGUCCACAAAUCAAACUAGAAUAGGAAAAAAGUGGCAUUAGUCUUGUGUCAACAACUUCUGUGUCUACCAACCAAAUGUCUCCUUCAGAGUAAUUUUAGUGGAUUUUCAAUUGCACUUUCUGGCUUUUGUUAGCUAGUCUUAAUGGAUCAAGAUGCAUCUUUCUUACUUGGCUUAGAACUAGUGUCCAGAGUCAGAUAUUGUCAUUUAGCAUGGCAACUGUUAGUGCUAAGAUUCUUCAUUAUCCAAUGUAUUACAGAACAAUUCCCUUAUGAUAUGUACCUGGAACCCAAUGACCAUGUCUUUCUUUAGACACACAGUACUAGAAUAUAGACCUACAACAACAUUACACUGCUGUGUUAUGAUUGGAAGAACUGGUGACUAAACCAGAUGCCUGUUCCACAAAGCAGUGUUAGAGCUACAGGGAUCUUAGGCCCAUGUUUAACUGUAGGAGUAUCUGCUUAGUGCUAACAUUGCUUUUUGGACCAUCUGUGUCAUCUCAAGGUGGUAUGGUCUACCAACAUUUGGGUAAUCUGGAAAACAUGUUCAACUUUUCCAAAAGUCAUUCACAACCGUCUUCUUAUUUUGACAACAUAUAUUGAAAGUUGGCUCAGAGAUUUUGAAAGUUGACCAAUGCCCAACUGACAUUCAAAAAGAGGCAUUUUGAUUGGCUGUUAUUCUCCAGCCCAUGAGUGAAAUAAAUUCUGUGCUCAGUUACAGAGAUGGAAGCAUCAGUUCUGAACAAAGCUUUUAUGGGAAAUAGGUCCAGGGUAUAUUAUAACAGAAUGGAUUCUGUUGUAAAGGAUGAUUUACUGCAGCCUGUCAAUAUUUGUGUCAACUUACGUUCACACAUGUCAGCUGGUCUUCAGGAUCAGAUGUUGCUGAUGGAAAUGUAUAUACGUAUACUGUUAUCUAUAUUUCUCAUCUUUUAUAUGAAUACACUGAAUAUCUGUGUGAUAAA